AACAUGGGUGGGCUCGAGAGGGCGGUGGUGCGCUGUCACCGGUGAUUCAGAAGUAUGUAACUAGUCACGCAUUCAUUAAGUUGAGUGAUGAGUCAACACGUCGGUUUGAACGCUAGAUUGUACGUUUAAAAAACUGCGUCAGUGCAACAGAACCGGAUCUCCACAGGUGCACUCCCGCGGCGCGUGGGAGAGAAGCGUUACCUUGUUUAGCUUAGCAAGGCUAGCCGUCAGGAAGAAGUGUCACCGCUCUACCAGGAGACGAAGAGUUCCAUGGCUGCUCUCGGUAACUCCGGGGCCGCUUCCAGUCCGAUGGUGGUGCUGGCUCCGAAGACUAAAACAAAAAAGAAGCACUUCGUGCAGCAGAAGGUGAAGGUGUUUCGAGCCAGCGAUCCCGUCCUGAGCGUCUUCAUGUGGGGCGUCAAUCACUCGAUCAAUGAUCUCAACCAGGUGCCUGUUCCUGUCAUGCUGCUGCCGGACGACUUUAAAGCCAACACGAAGAUCAAAGUCAACAACCAUCUAUUUAACAAAGAAAAUCUUCCAGGACAUUUCAAGUUCAAAGAAUACUGUCCUCAGGUCUUCCGAAAUCUACGGGAACGGUUUGGUAUCGAGGACCUCGACUUUCAGGUUUCGUUGACCCGCAGCCCCCCGAUGAGGAGUGUGGAGGACCAGGUAGAAGGUCUCCUCCUCAACUCCUACGACCGAACGCUGGUCAUCAAGCAAAUCUCCAGCGAGGACGUCGCAGACAUGCACGGCAUCCUGUCCGAAUAUCACCAGCACAUAGUGAAGUGUCAUGGCAGCACCCUGCUGCCUCAGUUCCUGGGUAUGUACCGUGUGAGCGUGGACAGCGAGGAGACCUACCUGAUCGUCAUGAGGAACAUGUUCAGCCACAGGCUGGUUGUUCACAGGAAGUACGACCUGAAGGGCUCUCUGGUGGCUCGUGAAGCAAGUGACAAAGAAAGGGUAAAAGAACUGCCUACCUAUAAGGACAUGGACUUCAGGAACAAUAUGCAGAAGGUGUACGUGACGGAUGAGCAGAAGGAGAAGGUGAUGGAGAAACUCAACAAAGAUGUGGAGUUCCUGGUGAGGCUGAAGAUCAUGGACUACAGCCUGCUGCUCGGCAUCCACGACGUGGGUCGGGCCGAGCGCGACGAGGAGGAGGGCGAGGAGGUUUCCAACGAGGACGAGGCGGAGGCGGAGAACGGCUUGGCCCAGGCGGGCUCGUACGGCACCUCUCCGGAGGGAAUCGCCGGCUACAUGUCCUGCUGCAAGCCUCUGGGGCCCGGCGAGUUCGACCCCUACGUGGACGUGUACGCCCUCGGCAGCUGCCCGGGAGCCCCUCAGAGGGAGGUCUACUUCAUGGGCCUGAUUGACGUCCUCACUCAGUACGACACCAAGAAGAAAGCCGCGCACGCAGCGAAAACUGUCAAACACGGGGCCGGCGCUGAAAUCUCCACGGUCCACCCCGAACAGUACGCCAAACGAUUCCGCGACUUCAUCUUUAACAUCUUUGCGUAGCGGCGGGCGGCACGCCGCUCCAACUGAGAGCGCUUCUUCCUGUUGACCAAAAUUAGUACGAACACACGCCAUUAUUAAACGUGGUGAUCUGAGAUGAGACUACUUCCAUUGUAGCAACAUGAUGUACUACUUCUUAUGCAGUUAUUUAUUUCUAAGAUGUAUUUCUUGUAGAUAUCAAGCAGUCGUUUGAUGGAUUAACUCUGGAGGGUUUGGGUCCCUGGAAGCAAAGUGCUGUCGAUCAGUGUUAGACCGCGUCAGUGCAAGAUCAAAUACUAGGGUUUUUUUUUUUUUUAGUCGCCCUCUUCUCACUUCACAGGCUUUAACUCAACUAACAUAUUUACUUUCUUGACAAAAGUCAACCAGGGGGAAUGACAUUGCUCUUUGGGGUCUGUUAAAGGCUCCCUGUGGAGUUUCUGUUAGGCGUUUUUUUUGUUCCUCGUGCACGUGGACGCUUGCACACAACGAGCAGUCCGGCCAACGGGGACGCAACUCGCUGCUCCGCUGGUCUGUAAGACACCAAGAUGUGCAGCAGUGAGCCAGCGAGGACAUUGAAGGAGCAGAAGACGACUGCUGCCCACUGAGCGUGGACGUAAACGGUGCUGGACUUAAAAUCUCAGCGUUGAAAAAUAUUUUAUGAGGAAAACGUUUAACAUUUGUGUUAGACCUUGAGGAUAUAAACUAUGUUUUUCAGUUAAUUUAAUAGUAUCACGCUAUGAGACUAGAUAUAUUUUAGAUCUCGAAAUAUGAUAUAAAUGUAACGGCAGCAUUACAGCAAAGAGAUGUCGUUUUCUGAAUAUACCAGGCUGUUCUAUAUAUCCUCUCAUCAUGCCUUCAAACCCUUUCAUUCAUAUCAAUUGAUUCAUUUUUAGAAAUCUAAUUUGUCAACUGUACAAUAUUCUUGCAACAUCGAUAUCAAGCUCAAGCCCCCCCACCCCAUCUCAGUAAGAAAGCAAACUGCUCCCAAAACUAUUCCUUACAUCCUAGAAUAAUCUUAAAUAGGUAUUGGAACACUAAUGGUAGCCCAGAUUCAACUUGAGAAAUGUUAAUAUCCGUUUGAAUGUUGAGAGCCAAAUGUGUGAGCGCCAAGCUUUGUGUUGCAGGAUUUGCUUUUUGCAUACGAUUAAAACAUCUCUGUGAUCAGUUUGAAUCAGAUUUUAGUAGUUUAAUGUAAACAUGUUUGUUGGCUACCGCAGCCAGUAAAGAGACUGUUCGGGGGGGGGGUGGCGCUGACCCCCAGAGCUGGACCCGCGUUAAUGGAGUGGCUCAUCUAAAGUGUAGAACUAGGCCGGCCGUUUUUAAUGAAAUCCCUUUUUGUGUGUAUGUUUAUACUGCAAUAACCCCGUGGAAAAAGAGCCCAUGCAUCCUUACUGUGUGUUCUGUGCAUUCGAAUAGCAAAUGUGCCAUGUGACUCAUGGUGAUCAGAUGUAGACAAAUAUAGUACUAGAAACUACGGCCUGUGUAAAGCUUUGUUCACCAUGACCCAACAUUCCUGUAGCUUCUGCAGUGAGCCUCCACACAGACACGGGGGUCACUGUGUACGAUGCCCCAUCUACUCGGUGAUUGCACAUGUUGUAUUUUUGCAGCUUUUGGACCAAAAUAUAUUUUACAAAGAAUUUCUGAAAA